AGACCGGCUGUGCCUUGGUUACCUAGUCUUCCCAACCGACAGCGGGCAAUUGUCGUUUUUUUCAAUCCUCUACUUCUUCCUUCAUAUCUCUUUUGUUCAAGUUCCAGCAGCCGGCCCUGCAAUCCUUAGCAAAUAUGUAUACACAGCAAUUUGUUUUCAUUGCGGCAGCGCUGACCACUCCACUCCUCUCCUCGGCAAAUUGUAUGUACGGGACGAGUCUAUUCCCCCGUGCUGAGGGCGCCACCGUUGAGGUCUCGAAUUUUGGAUAUGAAGGACUCCAGGGCCCUCUCAACUGGGCAGCACUCGCCGCGGAGAACUCUGCUUGCGCAGCUUCGAAAGUGCAGUCACCUAUAAAUAUCGACAGUACUAUCGAGCUCGCGGCAGAAGCUCCUAAAGUUGAUAUUCCAGAUGUAGAAGCAGCGUUGUUCGAGAACCUGGGGACAACUGUGGAGGUCGUUGUCAAUGGAACAACAACUUUGGGUGGAGCGGAGUUCAGCUUGCAGCAAUUCCAUUUCCACACUCCAAGUGAGCACAGAGUUGCUGAGGAGUAUUUCCCAUUGGAAGUACAUAUGGUUCACGAAGCUGCGGGUAAGAAUUCCCCUCUUGUCCCAUCCUGAUAUAUCAUGGACUCUAACUUUUUUUUUUUGAAAAAAAAAACAGACGGUUCUGGAGCAAUGGCGGUUAUAGCAUUGACCUUCCAGCUUUCCGAGGAUGGGGCGACCACAGAACUCUUGACCGGGGUUACCAAGAACCUUGCCCAGAUUGCCACCCCCGGCACAGUAACUGAGACUGGUCCUCUAAAGUUUGCCAAAGUCAUCGAACACGUCCAGACAACUCCUCUCUUCCAGUACACCGGAUCCUUGACCACCCCCCCUUGUGCCGAGGGGCUCACCUUCCUCGUUACCAAGGAGCCUCUUCCACUCAGUGUCAAGACCUACAACGAAAUUAAGGCCGUCGUCAAGUUCAACUCCAGAUACACCCAGAACUCCCUCGGCCAAGGGAACUUAGUCGCCGUCGGAGCGGCUGCAUUGGCCAGUGUCGAAGGAGUCGCUGCCGGAAAUGAAACUGCUGCUGCUGGAAACGCCACUGGAAUAGCCAAGCCGAAACCAUCUGGUGGGGCUGCUACUGCCACUGGUGCGAAUGCAACAGCUACUGCUAAGACUGCUGCAAGUACGUGCCCCUCCUCGUAAUCACAACCUCUCACUUGGAGCCCGAUCUAAAAUUUCCUAGCUGCUACUGGCCUCGCCGAGGUUAAGGCAGUGGGCGAACACCACUGCAUCCUCGGCUCCUGUUACGAAGUCCCCAAGGUCAAGCGCUUCCGUCGCCGCAAGUGAACCUAUCACAUCUCCGGACUCGGAUUAGCCAAGAAGAGAGAUACGGUAGAGACGAGACGAAGUUUUGCUUUCCUCUAUUUUUGAACUGUAAUUUAUUUAUUCAUCCAUUUUCACUCA